CGACGAUUAACAAAGUUGGUUCGAUGUUGGUAUUUUCUGUGAUAUAUCCCGCCAAAAAGGAAACCGAAGUAUGGCGGAUGAGAGUGAUGGGAUUGUGGAGAUUAUGGAAGUUGACAACAGGGAAAAUGAACCCUCUACAUCAAAGGCAAUAAAUUCUACACAACCGAUGGAAAUAAAGAAGAGUCAUUAUAAUCUCCCAUGGAUAGAAAAGUACAGGCCACACACAUUUGAAGAUAUUGUUGGAAAUGAAGAUACUGUUGCAAGACUUGAAGUAUUUGCCAGAAAUGGAAAUGUACCAAAUAUCAUUAUUGCUGGUCCACCAGGUGUAGGCAAGACAACAACAAUCUUAUGUCUGGCUCGUGUUCUCUUGGGACCUGCUUUCAAUUCUGCAGUACUUGAGUUGAAUGCUUCUAAUGAUCGAGGCAUCGAUGUUGUACGGAACAGGAUCAAAAUGUUUGCUCAACAGAAGAUAACUUUGCCACAUGGCAAACAUAAAAUUAUCAUCCUUGAUGAAGCAGACAGUAUGACAGAUGGUGCUCAGCAAGCCCUAAGGCGAACUAUGGAGCUGUACAGCCGUACAACAAGAUUUGCUUUGGCAUGCAACAACAGUGAGAAAAUUAUUGAAGCUAUUCAAUCAAGAUGUGCCAUGCUUCGUUAUGGUCGCCUCUCUGAUGCCCAGAUUUUGGCUAAAGUUAUUGAAGUCUGCCAAAAGGAACAGAUUUCAUACACAGAUGAUGGUUUGGAGGCUAUAGUGUUUACAGCGCAGGGCGACAUGCGACAAGCAUUAAACAACCUGCAGUCUACAUUUAAUGGAUUCAAACAUGUCAGUAGUGAGAAUGUGUUCAAGGUGUGUGAUGAGCCCCAUCCACUUCUGGUGAAAGAAAUGUUGCAGCAUUGUGUUGAUGGGAAUAUUGGAAAGGCGUACAAGAUAAUGGCUCAUCUGUGGAAACUUGGUUAUGCAGCUGAAGACAUCAUUGGAAAUAUUUUCCGUGUUACAAAAUCUAUGCAAAUGUCAGAAGAACUGAAGCUUGAUUUUAUAAAGGAAAUUGGGAUGACUCAUCUGAGAAUUGUGGACGGUAUCACGACUCUUCUGCAGCUUACGGGCCUCCUAGCAAAGUGCUGUCAGUUAGCAAUGGAGGCGCAGAGACGUGCAGUGUGCCAGUGAUUGAAUUGUUGUUGAACAUUUAUUGGGCAUGAAACGUGAUCUAAUAGAAACAGAUAUUCAAGAUAAAUUUUGAUAUUGCAAUCCUCUGUCAUCAACCGAGGUAUGCUAUUGGUCUCGGUUCUCUGAUAGAAUAUAAUGUAACGUCCCGUGUUUUUUGUAUGGCAGAUGCGUUGUAGUUAUACAUUGAGGUCUGGAAACCUGGGGCACUCUGUUUACCCUAGGUCCACCCACUUAUAUGAAAAUAAAAAAAAUUAAAAAGGA